AUGACAUUUAAAAACGAUUGGGAUGUCGAAUACAGGUGGAAAAGAUCAUCGACAAACGAAACAAACGUACAAAUAUUUAUAGAUAACAAUUCAACGAGUGGUGGCGGUGGUUCUACUGCCACGACCGUCACGACCGCCGCCAACGUCAAUCACCAAUGGUCGAACAUACAAAGCGUCACGUACAUAGUCGUGCCCCUCCUUUGCGUUUUCCUAUGCACCGUAGCGACCAUAAUAAACGCGAGAAUAUUAUUUUGCGUGAGAUGGAUAAGGAGACCCCUAUCGCCGACGCUAUACAUAAGUCUUAGCCUUGCUUUGGCCGAUACUUGUUCCGCCAUAUUGAUAGGUUUAGGUUUCAUAUUCAACAGCCUCCUUCCGAAGGGACUCAACGUUAACGUCGACAACGAUUGUCUUUUUCUCAUUCUCGAAGCUUUCAGAUUAUCCGGUAUAUUGAUAUCCACGACUCAUUUGUUGGUUUUGGCGGGAAAUCAUUAUUUCGGCAUCCUUUGUCCGUUUCGGUCCAUGAGAUGGUUGACGCAUACGAAUCUCACGGUCGUCGUUGUUUUCAUAUGGAUAGCACCGACGGCUUACAUAUUUGGAUAUUUCGGAAGUUUCAAAAAUCAAGCACUUUUUUUCAUACCGCUCAUAUUGAUGUUUGCCAUUUACAUUCACAUUUCCAUCAUCGUUAAAAAACAUCAAGCGAGCAGACGAUGGUUCAAUAGGCAUUCCAGAAGAUACGACGCGACAGGUACUAAAAGCGAUCAUCAAAAACAAUUCGAUCGUAAUUUGAAAGCCAUUUGGACGAGUCUUUUAAUAUUAUCGACGUAUAUAAUUUGCUUCAUGCCGGCCGUUCUUCAUUUCUAUUUGAUUUGCAACGAUUGUUAUUUCAAAUUCGACACCGUCGGAAUAAAAAAUCUCAUUUUAUCGUCCAGCAUAACUAAUUUUUUGCUCAUUGCCAAAUAUUUAUUGAAUCCGCUCAUUUACGCUUCGAGAAUGCACGAGAUAAGAGCGGCUACGAGGCAAAUGAAUGCGGAAUGCAAGAGAAAACUUUGUCCAUGCGGAAGUUUCGAUAAUUUAAAAAGAGCCGGAAACAGUUUGGCGGAAACGAGUCAAAGAUUUUCCAUGUUUAGCGGUUCGUCGAGGAAAAAUCACAUUGAUUUAAAUUCGGCAAAUAUGAGAAACGGUUUCGAUGGAAUGAAAAAAUCCGAAACGACAGAUUUGUGA